AUGAGGACAAGGCACAGGGACGGCUUCCUGGCGGGGUCACCACCUCUCCCUCAGCAGAGGGAAAAACGAACACCAGCAAACACCAUCUCCGUCUGCCUGGAUCUCCGUGCUGUUACCGGACACCUCCCGGCCCGCUCUGCCCCGGCUGCGGUCCCGCAUCCUGCAUCCCGCGGCACCGUUGUCGUGGGCAAAGUGUACCUGGGGGAACGCCACACCGGUUUGUUCGAGCCCCGUCUGGGGCCGGGCCCUCAAUUCCCCCCCUUCCUUUCAGCGCUGGCCUUCGGGCGCCUCCGCCGGCUGCACACCGUGUACCAGACGGUGGAACUGCCAGAAACCCACCAGAUGCUGCGUCAGACGUGCCGGGACUUCGCAGAGAAGGAGCUGAUGCCUGUCGCAGCUCAGCUGGAUAAGGAGCACCGCUUCCCGGCCGAGCAGGUGAGGAAGAUGGGUGGCUUAGGGCUGCUGGCUAUGGACGUGCCAGAGGAGUACAAAGGAGCAGGCCUCGACUACCUGGCCUAUUCCAUUGCCUUGGAGGAGAUCAGCAGGGGCUGCGCAUCCACAGGUGUCAUUGUCAGUGUCAAUAAUUCUCUGUAUUUAGGACCAAUACUCAAGUUUGGCUCUGAAGAACAGAAGCACAAGUGGAUUGCUCCCUUCACCACUGGAGAGAAAAUUGGGUGUUUUGCCCUUAGUGAACCAGGAAACGGCAGCGAUGCGGGUGCAGCAUCCACAGUGGCACACCUGGAUGGCGACGAGUGGGUGCUGAACGGCACCAAGGCCUGGAUCACCAAUGCCUGGGACGCCUCGGCCGCUGUGGUGUUUGCUACUACGGAUAAAUCCCUGAAGCACAAGGGUAUUAGCGCAUUCCUGGUUCCCAUGCCAACUGCUGGGCUGUCACUGGGGAAGAAAGAAGACAAGCUGGGAAUCCGAGCCUCUUCCACUGCCAACCUGAUAUUUGAGGACUGUCGGAUACCCAAGGCCAACCUACUGGGGCAGGUGGGAAUGGGCUUCAAAAUCGCCAUGCAAACUCUGGAUGGCGGAAGGAUUGGUAUUGCCUCACAGGCACUUGGAAUAGCACAGGCAGCUCUGGACUGUGCGGUGGAUUAUGCUGAAAAGAGAAUGGCCUUCGGGUCGCCCAUCACAAAGCUCCAGGCAGUGCAGUUCAAGCUAGCAGAUAUGGCUGUGGCCUUGGAGGGCGCGCGCCUGCUGACCUGGAGAGCGGCUAUGCUGAAGGACAACGGGAGGCCCUUCACAAAGGAGGCAGCAAUGGCCAAACUGGCUGCAUCAGAAGCUGCAACGGCCAUUGCUCAUCAGGCCAUCCAGAUCUUGGGCGGGAUGGGCUACGUGACAGAGAUGCCAGCAGAGCGCCAUUACCGUGACGCUCGUAUCACCGAAAUCUAUGAGGGGACCAGUGAGAUCCAGAGACUGGUGAUAGCAGGUCAAUUGCUGAAGGCCUACCGUAGCUGAAACAGCCAACUAGAGCAUGACACUGCCCCAGAGUGCCUUGUAACAACAGUGAUUGAGGCGCUCUCGAAUGAGGCUACUGAUUGAAGUGUUCCUCACCAAUGGGUAACUGACCCUCUUGUUAAAAUGUGCUGAUUCUUCUCUGGACAAAGUAUGGUGCGUGGAAGGCCCUGUCUGGGUUUGUAAGUGAUAGCUGGGAGUACAGGAGGGAGGAGGCAGCCUGGCCUUGCAGGGGAGCGUAGGUCUUCUCCUGAACUGGAGCCUUGGCUUGGCUUGGUAGCAGCAAAAGCACUUUGCUGUUCAGUAAGGCAGCAGCUCCCCUUGGGCACUUCCCAGCCCUGGCCUGUUCUGCAAAGACCUGUCACUACAUGGUAGGGGAUGAUCAGUGCCAGCACUGGAGGCACAGAGGGGUGAUCCCUCUGCCUUGGUCCAGGCUGCCUCUCCUGAUCAGACCGUGAAUUCCUGUGUGUGAGCUCCUGCUUGGACACAGACCGAGAUCCUGGGGCAGCUCUGCUCUUUCCCUCACUUCCUUCCAGCAGGAGAGGAGCUGGGCAGGAGGGCGCAGGAACUGCCCGCGCAGAGGGCUCUCCGCAGGGGCUGGCUGUGCAAACUAAGGGCAGCGAGCAGCCCUGCUCCUGCCCAGCAGCCUGCACCCUCAGCCACUUACAGCUGUAGGUGUAACAGCAAAGGACAGAAAAGCUGCAAUGCCCAAGACUGAUUUAAAAAAAAAAACAACAAACCAAACAACAGCCAAAACCAGUGCUCCCAAAGCUGCUUUUACUAUACCAACAGCCACCCAACAGGAACGUGCAUGAAGUGGCAGUAACUGCCUUUAAUCUCUACGUGUUUUGGGCAACAACGAGGAAAUGAACAUACAACACACAAAACCUUGCCAGGAAGCUUUAGCAGUAGCACAUAUCAUUAAUCAGUUACCUUUGGCAAGAAAGUAACUUCUAGAAGAGUCAACAGCCAACAGAAAAGCUCUAAACUCAGGAGCUCUAAGGAUAGGAUUAAGACUAGAGCAGGUGUGAUCUGCCCCCUUGUCUAAAGGACGCGUACAUGAGGUAUUUUCCUGUGGUGCCCUUUAUUUAGAUUGGUGUGGAAACACAGCAGGAUUCUAUUACACGUAAGAGAGCAGAGAAGACAAAUAAAACCUGAUUUUAAAGGACCACCAGGCCUCACAACUUUUUUUUUUU